UACAUGCUCCGAUCAUGCAGGCCAAAAAGCAAGUGGGAAGAGUCAAGCUUGCGUCCAUCCAAGGCAUUGGAGAUCACCCAAAGAUCAAGCUGAUUGACGACAUCAAACGAGUCGCUGCAGGGAAGAAAGGCAUGCGCGAUGAAAUAGUGAAGAACCCUAUGCACGCUUUUGAGAGAUGCAGUGGUGAUUAUUUCAGUGGGGAGUACAUGCCUUCCAAGAAGCUCGCCGUAUUUCUCAGUGGGAUCAAAGUUGUAGGCAGCCAUUUCAUGCUCAUGAUAAAGGGGAAGGCCACGAGUGGGAAUGUUAAGAGCCCGACCUAGGCCUUCAUUUGUCAAACUAAUCUCAUGACCAGCAACAAGACUUGAGAACUCUUGAGAUUCAAUACUCAUGCAUUGCAUGUUUGCAUAGAAAUACCUAACAGCGAGAGGACAUGGAGGGAGAUGGAAGGACUGAUGAAGAAAAUCCCAUCCAAGGUUGUUGAUGUAGUGCAACAACUGAAUUUCAAACUCUCAAAACUCUGCAGGGUUGACAAUGAUUUUAGUGUGAAGAGAACGAGAAGCAAACAAUCUAUAGAACCGAUCGCGAUUUCUUCACCAGGGGUCAUUAACAACCUUGUUUAGAAAGGUUUCGUUAACACCAUGAAGUCUUAAAAGGGGGAUGUUGUCAUCCAUAUUCGGGGCAGAGAAUGUAAACAAAGCAAAACGAGGAAGCAAAGAAUGAAAGGGUAGAGAGAUCGUAAGACAUAAUGCAAAGAGAUGGUAAGAUGGAAGGAAUCAAGGAAAUAUAAAGAGUCUCUGUAACACCCCGGUAUUUUAGAUUUGGGUUCGACCAUAUUUAACGAGCGGUUAGUUUAACGGUUACGUACAAAUAGUUGCAAUCGCGGAAUAGGAAUAGGAAUAAUAAUAAUAAUUUUCAUUAUUCUUAUUAAAAAAACUAUAUAUUAUAUAUAUAAAGGAAGGAGGCGCUCGUCCCCCCUCUAAUUAUUCUCCACCCCUUUAAUUAACCCCAUCCCCCGCAAACCUUUCCCCACAAAAAAAACCUCCUUAGGCGCCCUCGUCUUUUCCUCUCUCGCAGCGCAAGCUCAGUCCGUACGUCGACGCCGCUCGAGCGGCCAAUGGAACCAAGGUAGCACUAAACCGGCCACCCAUCAACACCACGCGGCCCAGAACUCAUUGUCAUCGGUCUAUCCCCAUCUGGCAGUGACCCAACAGCCCCGCCAAGAGCCUCGUCGGAGCUUCGUCGAGCUUCGUCGGCGUGUCACCGGAAUCUGGAAAUUUUUGAAAUUCGAAGAAACUUAAAAAGGUGAAUAUAGUUUGUAGAGGGCGAUAUCAGGAGCGUCACGGUGUCGAUGAAAUCCGAUUCGGACGUCGGACAAAGGAGAUACGAGUCUCGAAAGUUUGGGUUGCAAAAUCGCAUAGUUUAGGUACUAUUCUUGUCAAUUCGUUAAGUUUGAGGAUUAAAUCUGUAAUUUUUCCAGAUAGGCCGUGCUCAACUAUGUUGACUGGAAAAUUACAGUUUCGGUACCUGGUACUUUUAAACUGACAGAAUGUUUAUUUGGUCAUAACUCGAUUAAUGGACGUUCGAUCGAGGAACCGUCGACGCCUAUGGAAUCGUGGGAACGAGGAGAAUUUAAUGGAAGCGAGUCAUGGAAUUUUUAGAGUGGAGUCAGAGUCAUUUUCGAGGAAUUUGAGGUGAGUGUAAGGGGGGUAAAAUCUCUGUCGUAGGUCUUUUAGUUUUCGCUUUUCGUUCAAGUUAUUAUUUAGUUAAUUUUUUUCUAGCAUGCGCGAUAUGUGUGUGAGGCAUCCCAUCGCCUGUAAGGGUGGAGGCACGUGUUGUGCUAUGUAUGAAUGUGUGUGAUGUUGUAUGGAUUGAUGGUAUGAGGAACCCCGGGGCGGUUGGGCCACUACUGGACGCGUUAGAUGGUCGGGUCACUGCUGGACGGCGAGACGUAACGCAGCAGUUGAUCGAGUAUGUUGGGGUCACUACUGGACGGCGAGAAGUAACACAGUAGUUGACGGGCAUGGACUGGACGGCGAGACGUAACGCAGUGACAUUGCCGAAUUUGGUAUGCAACCGGAUGGCGAGACGUAACGCGGUUGGCAUACUAGGGUAGGACACCGGAUGGCGAGACGUAAUGCGGUGGUCCUAGUGUUUUGUGUUUGGGUUAAGGAUAAAAGUUGAGAACCUCUAUGAGUUAAAGUUGAGAGGAGUUAUUAAGAACAUAAGUAAGGGAAUUCUAAAGAUAAGAUAGGAGUAGAGAUCUCUUAUAGAUUGUUAGAUAGUAAAGUUUAAAGGAUGAA